GUGACGUGACUCGCUCCCCUUCUUCAGCGCGCGGGAGACCCCGUCGGUCCCUUUUCCCUUCUCGCCUGCACACAGAGAAGAUGCCUGGCGUAACCGUGAAAGACGUUAACCAGCAGGAGUUUGUCAGGGCCCUGUCUGCCUUCCUCAAGAAAUCUGGCAAACUGAAGGUACCAGAAUGGGUCGACACAGUGAAAUUGGCAAAACACAAGGAACUGGCCCCAUAUGAUGAAAACUGGUUCUACACCAGAGCAGCCUCCACCGUACGUCACUUGUACCUCCGAGGUGGUGCCGGAGUCGGUUCCAUGACCAAGAUCUAUGGUGGACGUCAGCGUAAUGGUGUUAAGCCAAGUCACUUCAGCAGCGGGUCAAAAAGUGUAGCUAGGAAAGUGCUGCAGGCUCUGGAGAGCCUGAAAAUGCUGGAGAAAGACCCCAAUGGAGGUCGCAGACUCACUCCACAAGGACAGAGAGACUUGGACAGAAUCGCUGGACAGGUUGCAGCAGCAAGCAAGAAACAUUAAAUCCAUUCUAAAUAAACCAAUAAACGUGACGUUUCCUGUA